AUGGCAGCAAUUCAAGAACUCGAAGACCUUGAAAAGGUCGACGAAUCUUUACCUCGAAUCCCAGAAGACAUCACUCUUCGAACCCUAUCCACCCUCAACGUUGACCAUCUAAAGCAGCGCCUCUCGGAUGCAGGAGUCAAGCAUCAAGCCAAAAUCCUGAAAGCCGAACUCCAAGCUUUAUGGGCAUUCCAUACUAUGCGGAUCCUUGGCUUCUACGAAAAGCCACAAGAAGCGGAACUCUUCGUAAAGACUGUUCGAUGGUUCAAGAUUCCUGUGAGCCAAGUCUUGGUCGAUGUGAAGAGUGCUGGCUUGGGAAAAUGUGCGAAUAAAUGGGAUUACAUCGAAGCGCUGAUCAGAGAUGGAUACACCCCACCAGAUCCCAAGCUUGAGACGAAAGUGGUUGUACAAUAUCGCGGUGUUGUUGAGGAUGCACUGGCUGAGCUCGAUAUAAGCAAUGCAGCUUCCACUCCUCAUUAUUCUGUCGUCAACUUGUUGCUCAGCACCGUGUAUUCAGAUGUUGCGAAUGAUGGUACUUUCAGCUCCGUUGAUCUUGUGUUGCCUGGUUGUACCUUUCCCAGAGAUGAUCUUCUUAAACACAUUAAUCAACUCCCAUUAAUGACCAGCGCACACCACCUUCGGGAAUCCCUGAAAGUCCCAAGAAGCCCAGAGUUUGAUUUGCUGGGUUGGCUAUGCACCGAGCUUGGCCACAUCAUCUGUCCUGCCGAAGGCAAUUUGAAGAUAGCUGGCCUUCCGGAAUCAGCGCACCAGUUCAUCUUGGAGAAACCAGCCCAGACCAAACUUGAUUCUUUCGAAAAGAAUUUCAAGCAACACUAUGACAAUUCGAUCUUGCUCUUCCACGGAACAUGCCUGAAGAAUCUUCGCUCCAUACUCAGGUGCGGAUUCCAGCCUGCUCGGGACCGAAGGUUUGGCGCUGGGCUUUUCAUGGCAGAUCAGCCAUUCGGCUCAAGCUAUUACGCACAACAUCAGUCCCAAGCGGGUCGCAACCUGAGUCAUGAAUGGACGAAUGAUUUGUACACAAAUUAUGGAAUGCUCUUGUGUUGCGAAGUUACAGGCAAUGGACGAUUCGCUGAGCACGAAGGCGCAGGGCUCGACCGCUAUGAUGUUCAUGUCAUCAAACGACUCGACUCGAUUAUGAUUCGGCAUAUUGUGCUGUUGCCAUAUGCGGAAAUGUACAAACAAUGUAUUGAAGUAAAACUCAGACGGAGCAUGGUGGAAGGAGAUAUGUUGAAAGCUUUCAAGUCUAUUAGAGCGAAACAAAUUGGACUAAGUACUUAG